AUGAGCGGGCGCCCAGCAAAUCUUCCCAAAUUCUCUGAUCUUCCGCUGAACAAGGACGACCCGCCCUACUCAGCAUGGGGCCUUUACGGCAAAGAUGACCAGCUAGGCUUUUUGAAUCGCCAGACCAAUGAAACUGUCAAGGAGGCGGCGAAGGAAAUUCAAAGCGGAGUUAGAGUCUCCAUGAAUUGGCCUCUUGAUGCACAGGGAGACAUUCCUUUGUUUGGACGACAAGUUUUUCAAAAGCAAAUCGUCCAGAGAUCCCCGAGAAUAGUCUACGAUGAUAUUUGGACAUUUAAUACCCAGAGCAGCAGCCAAUGGGAUGGGCUGCGACAUGUCGCAUAUCAAAAGGAGAAAAGAUUCUAUAACGGCGUCACCAUGGAUGAUAUCGCCGGACCCAAUAAGAAUAAUGCGAAUGGGGUUCAAGCCUGGGCGGAAAAGGGAAUUGUUGGCCGUGGCAUCCUCUUAGACUACCACAAGUGGCGACUGGCGAACAAUAUUGACAUUGACAUCUUCAAAACAAGCCCCAUACCAUUGAAACAUUUGAAGGCGGUUGCGGAGUCCCAGGGAACAGAAAUCAAAUUCGGAGACAUUCUUUUCAUCCGAACAGGGUAUAUGCUUGAAUUCAACAAGCUGUCGACUGCAGAACUCAGUGAGCUUGCAAAGCAAAAGAUGCAUUCACUUAUCGGUGUUGAGCAAACAGAAGACAUGCUAGAGUGGAUCUGGGAGAAUUUUUCGGCAGUCGCUGGUGACCAUCCCGCAUUCGAAGCCUACCCACCCCCGGAACAUUUGAAAUUGCACGAAGUCCUCCUUGCUGGGUGGGGGUGUCCCAUUGGUGAGCUGUUUGAUCUCGACAAGCUAGCAGAAGAAUGUGAGAAGCAUAAGAGGUGGUCGUUUUUCGUGACAAGCGAGGUAUGCAAUGUUCCUGGAGGCGUGGCAAGGUAA